ACCUGCCCGCCUUCUGAUAUUUCAAAAAAUUUCAAAUCUAGCACAGAAUCCCUUCUCUCCCACCCGUCCAUUCCACAUCUCCCCUUCUUCUUCCUCAUCAAAUCAACGGCCUUGAUUUCUUCCCUCAUUCAAAUCCCAAUCACAGGCCCACAUCAACCAAACAGAAAACCCCAUCUUCAUCUCUCGUCUCUGUUUUCUUCCUUCAAUCUCUCUCUCUCUCUCUCUCUCUCUCUCUCUCUCUCUCUCUCUCUCUUCAAAUGUAUCUGAGAAAUCAAAGCAAAACACCGAAUACUAAAGAGAACAUCGAAGAGAUUCCGCCCCUUGACAAGCGUCGCAAGAUCGGCAUCGGCAAGAUGGUGGGGCCCGCCAACAGCACCCGUCACCGACAGGCAUUCUCGGCCAUCAAUGCUGGGCAAGACACGGCAGAUCCAACGGCUGCCGGGAUUUCUGAUUGCGGGAGCGGCGCCAGUGUUGAGUUCACAAAAGAAAUGAUUGAGUCCCUCUUGAAUGAGAAAAUGAAAGGGAAGAACAAGUUCGAUUACAAGGGGAAAUGUGAGCAAAUGACAGAGUACAUAAAGAAGCUUAGAGUCUGCCUAAAAUGGUUCCAAGAUGUUGAAGAAAGCUCGAUUCUCGAGCAGGAAAGGCUUCAGAAGACACUGGAAUCGGCUGAGAGAGCAUGUGCUGAAACAGAGGCAAAGAUGAAACAAAAGGAAGAAGAAUUAAAUGAGAUGAUUACAGAGCUUAGGAGGAAAUAUGAUUCUUUGCAGGAUGAACUUACAAAAGAGAAAGCUGAGAAGUUGGUGGCGAUUGAUUCUCAUAGGAAAGAGAUUGAGGCAAGAGUUGCUUCUGAAAAGUUGCAAGCUUCUUUGUCAGAAGAGCUUGAAAAAGCUCAUCAAGAGGCAUUAACCUCCAAUCAACAGAUAGCAUCUCUUCAGGAUAUUAACAAGCGGUUGCAAGAAUAUAACACGAGUUUGCAGCAAUACAACAGCAAGCUUCAGUCGGAUGCGGCAUCAGCUGCUGAGAACAUUUCCAAGUUGCAGAAGGAAAAGAGCACAAUUAUGGAAAAUCUAAGCAACUUGAGGUGUCAUAAUGGUUUGUUGCAAGAACAAUUGAAUUCUUCCAGAGCAUCUCAACAAGAGGCUAUAAGGCAGAAGGAUAUGUUGACGAAUGAAGUGGGAUGCCUUAGAGGUGAACUGCAACAAGUGAGAGAGGAUCGUGAUCUCCAAUCAGCCCAGGUGCAGGAUUUAAAGGCUGAGAUAGUGAGACACAAUGAAUGUACUGGGAAAUCCAAUAUUGAGCUGGAGAUGCUAACAGCAAAAACAAAUUUACUUGAGGAAACUUGUUCUUCACAGAAAGAAAAAAUAAGAACGUUGGAGUGCAGACUUGCAUCUGCAAAUGAUAAAGUGCAGAUGGCUGAUUCAACUGCCUUAGAGAGGAUAACAGAAUGCGAAAGACAAAAGAAAGAGUUACAGGACCUAAAGAAUCGCCUAACAGAUGCAGAAUUUCAAAUUUUAGAAGCAGAGCGGCUUCGCAAGAAAUUACUUAACACCAUACUGGAACUUAAAGGCAACAUUCGAGUAUUCUGCAGAGUGCGUCCUUUGUUACCUGAUGAUGAUGGUUGUGGAACAGAAGCACAGGUUGUUUCUUAUCCUACAUCAACUGAGCUUCUUGGACGGGGCAUUGAAUUGAUGCAAAGUGGGCAAAAGUAUCCAUUCACUUUCGAUAAAGUAUUCAACCACGAUGCUUCACAACAAGAUGUUUUUGUGGAAAUCUCACAGCUGGUUCAGAGUGCCCUUGAUGGUUAUAAGGUCUGUAUUUUUGCCUAUGGUCAGACGGGUUCUGGCAAGACAUAUACCAUGAUGGGUAGACCGGAAGCUCUGGAACAGAAAGGGCUGAUACCCCGUUCAUUGGAACAAAUAUUUCAAAGUAGCCAAUACCUAUCAUCUCAGGGGUGGACAUUCAAGAUGCAGGCAUCGAUGUUGGAGAUCUACAAUGAAACCAUCCGUGAUUUAUUGUCUCCUAGUCGCUCAGGAGGUCUAGAUGCUUCACGAAUGGACAAUGGCAUGCUUGGAAAGCAAUAUGCAAUUAAGCAUGAUUCAAAUGGAAAUACACAUGUCUCUGACCUUACAGUUGUUGACGUAUGUAGUAUCAAGGAGGUUUCGUCUCUUCUACACCAAGCUGCACAAAGCAGGUCUGUUGGAAAGACACAAAUGAACGAGCAUUCAUCUAGAAGUCAUUUUGUCUUCACUCUGCGGAUCUGUGGAGUUAAUGAGAGCACAGAACAACAAGUGCAAGGUGUAUUAAACCUAAUAGACCUUGCUGGUAGCGAACGCCUCUCCAAGAGCGGCUCGACUGGGGAUCGCCUAAGAGAAACUCAGGCAAUCAAUAAGAGUUUAUCAGCCCUCAGUGAUGUUAUAUUUUCUAUUGCGAAGAAAGAGGACCACGUGCCAUUCAGGAACUCUAAGCUAACGUAUCUUCUCCAGCCUUGUCUAGGGGGGGACUCAAAGGCCCUGAUGUUUGUGAACAUUUCCCCUGAUCCAACUUCAAUGAAUGAAUCGCUUUGUUCCCUCCGGUUUGCAGCUAGAGUCAAUGCUUGUGAGAUUGGUGUUGCUCGUCGCCAGACUUAUGUCCGGUCUACAGAUUCUCGCCUUAGUUAUGGUUGAGCCCAGUGGCAGUGGUCUUCUUGUACUGCAUGUUGUUUGUUUCUUUGCUGUGUCAAUGUACUGAGUGUGGUGUUGACAUAUCUAAGGUAACGAAAUUGUUUCCUAACAUUGAGCUGGAUGUAAUUUGUAUAGUAAUUUACUGGACUAGAUUUGUAGUUGGGGAAGCAUGGGCUGCUCACUGAGGUAGUGAAUUUGUAAUCUAGAGCAGCUUCUGGCCUAAUUGUUUCAAUGGUACCAUUUAGUUUCCA